AUGUUUGAAACUGAUCAUACCUUUUCUCAAAUAAGAUCAUCCCGUUCGAUGUACGGAUUUCUAGCCCUGCAUGGAAAAAGAAACCUGCAGCCACCAGAUCCCCCUAGAAACUAUCUUUUAACUCCUCCGGCAAUUGAACAUGGAGGGUCUCAGCGACUCCAGCCUGAGAAAUGGAAGAAUCCUGGAAGGCGGAAUAUCGUCGGUGUCUUGGCGCGCGAUUCACCAGAUUCAGCCCAACAACAUCUUUCUUUCUUUCAAGAAAGACUACCUCGCAAAUGGAGACCUGCUAUCGAUAUCAAAAUACUCUCCCUGUUGGACGGGACAAUGAACACCGCUACUCAACCUCAUGUGUCUCAUCAUCCUUCAUCAGAUCUCACUGGAAAGACAUCAGUUCAGCCUCGACGCGUCAAAUACGCGAACAUAUGA